GUUCGAAGCCAAUGACAGAUGAAGAGGAAGCUCUAUUGGGAGAGCUGAAUAAUGAGCUUCCAGACCCUACAUUGUUUAACUUACGCAUAAUAGAUAGCACAGGUGCUUUUGUACAUAAUUUAAAGAUACCAUCUCCCGUAGCAGAAAGACUCGACAAAGCUAAAAUUGAGAGCCUAACCAAAUUUUGUUCUCAGAAGAUUCACAAGAGAUAUAAUGUUAUAGUAACAACCAACAGCACUAUUAACAGGGAAGAGUUGUUAUAUGUGCUUCGUGGUGGCCGCCUUGACGACAAGGUGGAAGAAGCAGUUUUGGACACGAUUAGCCAGGAGGCAUACGGCAAAGGAUAUGGAGUGGUAUCGGUGUUCUUUCUUCACUCACUCUAUGGCUUGGAGGUGAACAAUUACGAGCAUUAUCUGAACUUCAUUGACAAAUAUACCGCAUACCGCAUAGAGCAUCUCUUGAUCCCUUUGGUCAGGGACGACCAUUGGCAUCUUGUAGAAGUUGACCUUAAAGAUAAAGUCGUCAAGCAUUACAGCUCCGCUGGGCACGAAGCUUGGAUGGAGCCUGUUAAUAAAAUCAUAAACUUCUUUGAUGCCCAUCAUGCUGAUUUUAUUGAAGAUAAUGUGCGCAAAAUAUUUAGAUAUCAAGCCAUCAAAUGCGAGCAACAAAGAGGACGCUUUGACUGUGGUGUGUUCGUCUACCUCUUUAUAAAAUCCAUAAUUGAAGGACGAUCAACAUUUCUGGUUAAUCCUCCGAACGAUAUCCCUGAAGCUAUGCGAGCAAGACUUGGCGCACAAUUAUUACUGGCUGGGUUUGAACAAAGACAUAAAGAAGAAACAGUGUACAGUGAUGAAUGA